AUGAAUAAAAAGACUAAACGAAUUCAAAACAGCAUAACUGAAUACAUUCCAAAUGCACAAAAUUUAAGUUUACAAUUAUUACCAAAUUCAAAUAAUCGAAUAAUUCGUUUAAAUUGGACAGUGGACAAAAAUAAGGAGAUUUUAUGUCCGUAUAAAGUGUUUGCCUUCUUCGAAGAUAAUGGAAAACGAUGCGAAUUUCCAACAGAGAUGAACUAUUUUGAAUUUGAUACACUCGAUUUAAAUAAAAUGUAUAAAAUUGGAGUUGUCGUUAAAUCUGUACAGAAUAGCAGUUUACGUAAUGAAGUCUACAUGGAUUAUUCAACAUAUACUGACAGAAGAAUAAAAUGUCCUACUCACUCAGAUAAUUCAGUAUUGGGGAUAUUGGAUGGUUUAAGAGUGAAGUCCAUACCGAAAAUUUCAGUUCAUGCAAUCAGCUGGAAUAGUCCUUCUAGCAAAUUAAUUAAAUGUCUUAGUCAUUAUGUAAUUGAGCAGAGUGUAGAAAGAGAUGGAGUUAUACUAAUGGAAACCAGCAAUGUAACCUGGCAUCUUAACAAUAUCAUUCAUUAUUCAUAUGAAAAUGCCAAUUAUUCCUAUCGCGUACAUGGGGUUUACCAAAACGGAAUUUCUACAGCUAUCAGCCAAUGGGUAUCGGUUCUAACACCGUCAGCUCGAUCAAAAAGUAAAUUUUAUUAUCAUUGUUAUCAUUAUGAACCGUGA